AUGGAUAACAAGAAAAUUAAAACCAUCUCUCAGUUGGAUACACCAUUCACUUCAGUUCAAUGGCCAGAAGUAUCCUCCAAAGACCAAGAAACCAUUGUUGAACUUCUAUGCAGUAUAUUAUCACCUAUUGGUGCAUAUCGUUCCAAUCAUAUUACUCCAUCUAAAGGAAAGCGAAGCAGGAAACGCAAGAGAAGGAACUCUAAGCCAGAAGACGAGAAGUCAUCAGAGACUCCCCCACCGCCCGAGAUUUCUUCCUACAUCGUUACAGGGCUCAACAGUAUCCAUCGAAUACUAGAAGGAUCCACCAAGAAAGGGUUUGAGACCAAAGAAACUCCCAGUAGUCUCGAAACCGAAACUCGCCCCCAAACCGACCAAAUCAUCAGUAGCCCCAAUCCUCCCAAUCCACCCCACCCCCAUUUCUCCGCCAUCUUCGUCUCGCGCUCCAACCAACCCCCAAUUCUCCACGCCCACCUCCCUCAAAUCAUCGCCACAGCCUCCAAAGCACACCCUACCAAACCAUCCACACGAUUAGUAGCACUACCCAAAGGAUGCGAAACUCGAGUCGCCGCUGCACUCGGUCUACCCAGAGUGGCAUUCCUCGGAAUUAUCGAUAAUGCACCAUAUUCUAAGGCUCUGCUCGAUAUCGUUCGAGACUGUGUGCAGGAGAUUGAGAUACCGUGGUUGGAUGAGGCGAGGAAAUCAGAGUAUUUAGAUACGAAAAUCGAUUCGAUCCAAACGUCGAUCGGUGAGGUGAAGUCAAAAUGA